ACACACUCAAUAGUACGCAGAUGGAUCGUGAAAAUUCUCAGAAUCCCUAUGAGGCACAGUGCAAUCAGGCCCAAUGCAGUCGCUCCCAGAAUUCACAGUCGGCCAGGGAUGAAGUGUCUUUUGGUACCCCUCAGCAGCAGCAUAGGCAGCAGCAGUCAAUCUAUGACUUUGUGGACAAUCAGGCACAGUCGGCCAGGGAGGCACUGUCUUUGGGUAUCCCGCAGCAGCAGCAAAGUCAGCAGCAGUCAGUUUAUGAAUUGUUUGGCAACAAUGAGACCAUUGACAGAUCUGAACGCGAUCUCAGUAGCAUGAUGGUGGGUCCUGGAAAUUCUCGGAAACCCUGUAGUGCACGGUGCAAUCGUGCCCUAUGUAAUUGCUGCCAGCAGACAAAGUCGGCCCAGUAUGCAGAGGAAAGUUAUGCCUUCUUUCACAACGAUGAGACCACCGUUGGAUUUGAGCCUGAUAUCAAGAGCACGACUAUUGAUAGAGAGAGUUCCGACGAAGCCUGUAUGCCACAUUGCACUGACAGCUGUAGCCGCCCGUCGCAUUCAAUGCGAGGAUUAACGCCACCAAAGUAUGAUUCGGGAAACCAGCAGUCACUACCGCCCCAGAGGUCUGAAACGCAGCAGAGUCAAUAUUCAAGAAUUCAAUUCUCAACUUGUCCACCUAUGAGCCAUACGUCGCGCAGUCAGUCAUUCCAAAGAGGUAACGCCCAGAGGCCAGAUCGCCAGCAGAUUCAACAUGAGUCAGAGGAAUUCAAGGAUAUUGAACCGUUUGAAGAACCAACGAGCAAUCAUUCGAUCCAGACUUUUCAAACACCGACACCAUCCUGUUGUCGGAAGGCCAUGAAUCAGAGUCCCAUGAAUCAGAGUCAGGAAACUAUGACUACACGACAGUGUUACAGUACGCCAUAUAAAGAGAAUACACCCGCUAAGCCGGAAAGACCUUAUUGCAUGGCAAAUGCAAAACUAACACUCCGAUACGGCGAUCCAUCCAAUAGUCAGGUUAACACGAGAACGCCAGUUGGACACAGUACCCUGUAUCAUAGCAAUGCACCAACAAAUGGAGAUAGUAAUGCAUCGCUACCAAUCAGAUAUGUCGAUCAAUCCAGUGAAGAGGAAUGCACGAGCUCGGCAUAUGCACAAAAUGCACGUCAUCCAAAGCAAGUGUCAUAUGGCCGUCAGAAGCUCUCCCUUGACUUUUCCCAGACGAUCUACGGAACGUCUAGUUCGGAUGAGAAUUGCAUGUGCAGCCGCCCUAAAACGGCAGAGGAAGCGUUGGCUAGCCGCACCAAAGCCGUGUUCUUCCGUGCCAUGGUCAAGGAGAACUGUUGUAACGAUGUGAUAGAGCAGACUCUCAAUGGGAGCGAGAACUUUAACGAAUAUGCCUUUCAAAUCGCCUUCGCCGGUCUAAUACCUGAGAAGCUGGGUUGCGUCGAUCCCAUCACCAUGCUGGAGGCAAUCAAGUUACGAAUCGAUUACGAAUGGAAGGCAAUUCGCAAUAAUUAUGAGAGAAAAGAAAACUUAAUCAAAACGGAAACAUCUGCACGGGAUAGAAGUCGAGAUCGGUACAAAGAUCAUUCCAAAGAUCAUUCCAAAGAUCGUUCCAAAGAUCGUUCCAAAGAUCGGUGCAAAGAUAUUAAUGAUGGCUCGAGCAGCCAGGAGACCACCCAGCAGCAAGUGAUCCCCAACGAAGAUAUUAAAGAUCACUUCAUGCCGAAGAACCAAUAUGAAGUCAAUCAGGGCAUAUGCGCCUACCUCAAGGCCGAGAACGAAUAUCGCGGUUUGCAUUCAGAUUCGAUAGAAGCUGAUUUUAAUGUGAAUGUCAAUGCAUUUGAGUCAAAUUUUUUUAAUAAUAACAUCCGCAUGAAUGUUUAUUCGGCCACAACGGAUCCGAAGCCAUAGGAUAGAAUCUGUCCCCUAAAGACUGGAUCUACCAAAAUGAGCUCUUUUACGAGUAGCGAACAAAGGAGCCAGCGAUGGUAGUGCUGGUUUAUUCCUGACACAAGAUCGAUUGGACUGGACAGACAAAAAAAGGAACUACUAGGAUGGACUACAUAUGCAAAAAGGUGCAGAACAUGCUGAGUAACACCUGAACAAACCCUGUUAUGCUGCUGCGUAGAUGUAAAUACAACAGCUGUUUACCCACCAUGUUCACCUGGGCGCAAUACAGAAUCGUAGAGACUGACCAUAUCUUCUGUAAUAUGUCACUUGUUCAAUAAUAACACGGGCACGUCUGAGCCGUUUGA